AUGCGUACCGUGUGCUGGAAGUGUCUAUUAUCACUCAUUGUAGUAUUUUUAUGUUGCCAGGAAAGUAAUGUUCAAUUAUUACACGAAGGAAAGCGUUGUCCUGAUGACCAUGUCCUGCUGUUGAUGGAAAAGUCCCCAGGAAAAAAAAGUGCGAGACUAAUUGGAUCAGUUAUUGUUGGUGCGGUUGGUUCGUUAAUUGCAGGUAUUGUAGCGGGAAGCAAAAAUAACGAUGAAAGUGAAGUAAUAGUGAUAACACCGCCGCCACUACCACCUCAAAUGCCGUCCACCUCUAAUACCACUAUAAUGGGAGUCGAAUAUCAUGUGACGAAAGUAAACAAUACGAAUAUUACUAUAACCACUUAUAAUAGAAAUGAAACCAAUUAUUUUAUCAAUAGAACUUAUAACACUAUAGACAAUACCAAAAAAUUCACUACUACAAACCUUUUCAAUCUCACAAUUGGGACGAUAAACUUUAAAAAAGGAGAUAAUCCGAUCGGUCUCUUCAGGUUACACCAAGACAUCUUCACUAUUAUCCCAAACCUCCGCCCAGCCAAAAUACCUAUACCCAAAAACCGACUCCGUUCAUCAUUAUGGCCCUCAGAUUGGCCGAAGGCACGGCCACCGGGCACGAAACUCCAUUGCAAAAAGGGUUUAACCACCAUUGGUUUGGAAAAACUAUCAGAAGGAAAAGGUGGAGAAGUGGGAUUGAGAUGUUUUGUCGAUGAAACAGUAGAUGGAAGUGGAUUUUCCGAUUGUAGAGCUCCACGGGGAGGGCCGAUAAUGUGUGGCGACGUCCUAGUCGGUAUAGUGAAUAACGAUUGUACGAAGUCUAGAUUACAUGGGGAACUCAGUUAUACUCCAAUUGAAUCGAUGUUUGACUAUAUUGUGGAUUUCAUGAUGGGUGACGUCGCAAAUGGAACCGCCAGCAGUUUGCCGACAACUACCGAGCCCUCGGCAGCUACUGGACUUGCUGUAGAAACUCACCUCGGCACACUUUUAUUGAGUUUGAUGAUUACUGUGUAUGUGAUUUUGGAAAAAUAA